UGCGGUGCAGAGCGGAGCAGGAGCAGGAGGCGCGCGGGCAGGUUCCCGGGGAGCCUGGAAGCUGGGGGUGGGUGGGAAGUGUGUGCUAUGCCUUUAACGCCUGGGUACAGUAGACAUGUAUAGUGUGUAGUGUAGGGAAAGUCUAGGCGGGGUUAAAGUUCAGCUCAUGGAGCUGCUCAGCGCUCGCUGCAGUUUAGCAGAGUUGGAAAUGUGAAAGCAAGAAGCAGGCUAGAUUCUCCCCCCCCUUCUCUCUCCCUCUCUCUCUCUUUUCCUCUCUCUCUCCCUUUCUCUCUCUCUCUCUCUUUCACUCUCUCUCUCACACACACCUCCAAACCACAAAACCCCCCACAGCAGUCAUGUAUUCUCCUCUCUGUCUCACCCAGGAUGAAUUUCAUCCAUUCAUUGAAGCACUUCUGCCUCACGUCCGAGCAUUUGCAUACACGUGGUUCAACCUGCAAGCCCGAAAACGAAAAUACUUCAAAAAACAUGAAAAACGUAUGUCAAAAGAGGAAGAGAGAGCAGUGAAGGACGAAUUGCUGAGCGAAAAACCUGAGGUCAAACAAAAAUGGGCAUCCAGACUUCUGGCAAAACUCCGGAAAGAUAUCAGGCCUGAAUACCGAGAGGAUUUUGUUCUCACAGUCACAGGAAAAAAGCCUCCAUGUUGUGUUCUUUCCAAUCCAGACCAGAAGGGCAAGAUGAGAAGAAUUGACUGCCUACGCCAGGCAGAUAAGGUCUGGAGGUUGGACCUUGUUAUGGUGAUUUUAUUUAAAGGUAUUCCGCUCGAAAGUACUGAUGGCGAACGCCUUGUAAAGUCCCCACAGUGCUCUAACCCAGGGCUGUGCGUACAGCCACAUCAUAUAGGAGUUUCUGUUAAGGAACUCGAUUUAUAUUUGGCAUACUUUGUGCACGCAGCAGAUUCAAGUCAAUCUGAAAGUCCCAGCCAGCCAAGUGAAGCUGAUAUUAAGGACCAGCCAGAAAAUGGACAUUUGGGCUUCCAGGACAGUUUUGUCACAUCAGGUGUUUUCAGUGUGACUGAACUAGUCAGAGUCUCACAGACACCAAUAGCUGCAGGAACAGGCCCAAAUUUCUCCCUCUCAGAUUUGGAAAGUUCUUCAUACUAUAGCAUGAGCCCAGGAGCAAUGAGGAGGUCUUUACCUAGCACAUCCUCUACCAGCUCUACAAAACGCCUCAAAUCUGUGGAGGAUGAAAUGGACAGUCCUGGUGAAGAGCCAUUUUAUACAAGCCAAGGACGCUCUCCAGGAAGUGGCAGUCAGUCAAGUGGAUGGCAUGAAGUGGAGCCAGGAAUGCCAUCGCCAACCACAUUAAAGAAGUCAGAGAAGUCUGGUUUCAGCAGUCCCUCGCCUUCGCAGACCUCCUCCCUUGGAACGGCAUUCACACAGCAUCAUCGACCUGUCAUUACAGGACCCAGAGCAAGUCCGCAUGCAACACCAUCAACUCUUCAUUUUCCAACGUCACCCAUUAUUCAGCAGCCUGGGCCAUACUUCUCACACCCAGCAAUCCGCUAUCAUCCUCAGGAGACUCUGAAAGAGUUUGUCCAACUUGUCUGCCCGGAUGCUGGUCAGCAGGCUGGACAGGUGGGGUUCCUAAAUCCCAAUGGCAGCAGCCAAGGCAAGGUGCACAAUCCAUUCCUUCCUACCCCAAUGUUGCCACCACCGCCGCCACCGCCAAUGGCUAGGCCUGUGCCUCUGCCCGUGCCAGACACAAAACCUCCAACCACAUCAACAGAAGGAGGUGCCGCCUCUCCUACUUCACCAACCUACUCGACACCCAGCACCUCCCCCGCAAACCGAUUCGUCAGUGUUGGACCUCGGGAUCCAAGCUUUGUAAAUAUCCCUCAACAGACACAGUCCUGGUACCUGGGAUAAAAGUCACAGCUUCCCAUCACCCACUGGACAGACCACCUGACUCCUUCCCAACUCUGUAACAUGGAAGCAGCAGCAACACAGUGCAGUUACUUCACGUCAGUGGAAGGAGAGAUGAACAGAUAUCGACAGGAAACAACUAGUACAUGGAAAUGGCAAAUGUUAUGGUCAAUGGCAAAGGCCAUAACUUUUUUGAGAUUUUUUUUAGACACCUUCGGGACUGUUGUGAUUUCUCAUAUGGUGCUGGAAAUGGUUGGGCUUUGUAAUUUUUGAAGUGUUUCAUUGGUAGUGUAAGUAUUAGGUGACACUGGGUAGAACUAGCCUCUGCUGCUGCUUACUGACUCGCUGUUGUAACACACUUUCCAUAUGGAGCCUAACUGUUUUACAGCAUUUUCAUUGAUUUUUUUUUCCCAUGCAGGUUUGAGACUUCUUGAGAAAUCAUGAAACACACUUAAACUGUAACUUUUGUAGUAGCUGAAUUCUGCAAUAUAGAAACGUACAGGACAGACAUAGGGCAUGUUUUUCUGUAACGGAUUGGGAAAAAAUGCAGUUUUUUGUUUUGUUGGGUUUUUUUUACAGUCGAAUACAGUUAGAUACAUAACAUGAAAAAUCUGAGCAUUGUCAACAGGUUUUUUUCCACUCAAGUUGCAGAGUGAUUUAAAACAUCACACUACUACUAUUCACUAAAAAAAAAGAAAAAAGAGAAAAAAGUUUGAAAUGCUGCACUUACAUAACAUUUUUUCAACAAUUUUCAACAAUUACACAAAAAUUCAUGCAGAAAUGGGGAAGUUGGUCUGUUUUGACAGAAACUGACAGGAAUCAAAACAAUCGAAUUUUGAAUUGAGUAAAGUGCAAUUUCAUUGGAUAGCUAAAUAUCUUUGUAAGAUAGAGAUUGUUGAAAAUUCUAUUUUUGUUUUCCAAGUCCUCCCACCCCAGGACUCUAAAGUAUUGGGGUAAAAACAGCCUUGCAAGAAAAAGGGGAGCUAUUUUUGCUUUUUAUGUUUUUUAUUGUUAAACUUGUAUCCCUUUAAAACUGAAGGAAAAUUAAAAAAAAAAAAAAUCUAAUGGUGCUUUUACCACAAUAUGUUAACUACAUUAAAUGCUAAUUAAUCAUUUUCUGUUAUCAAAGCACAUAACUAAAAUUAAAUCAUAAUAUCUGUUAAUUUUAUAAGCUAAAAGUCACUAUAAUGGAUUAUGCCAAUUCUGACAAAUUUUACGUCUUUCCGGCAAUAUGGGGUUUAUCAGUUCUCAGACACCUUGGGAAUCAUGUAGAAUGGUCCAGAAAUUAAAACACCUUUGUGUCCCUGAACUGGUACUUUUUCUGGACUACAAAGAAAACAAUACAGAAACGAAUGCUGAGGUGACAACUUAGCCAGUUCAAAGCAAGGGCACUUGCUGAAAAAAAAAAAAAAAAAAAAGUUUGGACCCCAAACGUCCUGUAUCUUAUGUACAAAAAAAAAAAGAAAAAAAAGAAAAAAAAAGAAAAAAAAAAAGAGUGCAAGUGAUUUUUCCUAUCAGACAGCGGAGCAUCCCUUUGCUUCACAUGUGACUUUAAGAAAGUUUCCUAUACUAUACAUAUAUAUACGUUCUGGUUGGCACGUCCAGCUAAUCAGAGAAAGUCUCUGCAUGUUCUAGUGUUAGUAACUAAUUUUUAUAUAGUUAAUGUAGGGUAAAGUAGAGUGCAUUAAGACACAAUAUUGUAAUCCCUAUUCCAGGCACUUGCCUUUAAACUAUGUUUGUACGGCCCUUCAGAAGGGUUUCUACUACUGUCCUAUACAAUCAAGUAACUGAAAUUCUUGGGAAGACACUUUGCUCCUCAUCUUUUCCCUGAAACAAUGUUUUUUUUUUCUUAAUUUGCACGAAACAAAAAAAAACAAAAACAAAAAAUUCCAUAUCAAUGUGCCUUGCCCUGGAUAGCGAUUAUUUGUGGAAUUGUUGCACAUGUUCCUAUAUUGAAAGGGGUUUUUCCCUAGUCAAGCAUUUGGAGACACUUUUUGUAAAUGUGACUUUUAUGUCAGCCAUUGUCAGUUUCAACAUCUAGAAUUAAAUAGAAUGUUAGUUGUUCCGCAGAUAGGAGUAGUGUUUAUUGUCCUGUAUGGUCAGUGGCAGUGCUAUUCUGAGAUCUGUAGAUGCUAGAUUAUCAGUAUUUUUGGAUGUUGCUGCAUUUUACAUUUUAUUUGGAGUCUUCCUUUUGUUUUGUUUUUCCCAGAUAUAUGAAAAUAUGCAAUACCUGCUUAUAUCAUGUAGAAAAGCUUAGCAAUUAUUAAUUUUUCUUUUAAUUUUUUUUUAUUUGACCAAAGUUGGUGCUGCACUUGACGCAGUGUGUUUUAGGUGUUUGUCUUUGUACUUAUGUGAUUUUGAAUGCACAUGCAGGAAGGGCUCUUCUUAGAGAAGCAGUCAAACUGUGAAGCACUAAGCUGAACCCUGCUUCAAGCAAUUUUUGUUUUACAAUUGUUCCUUUCACAAGCAAGCCUUAAAAAAAAAACAAAAAAAAAAACCUUCCUUUUUCUUCAGAUCCCACACCCAUUUUUAUUCGCAGACUGCAAUCAAGCCACAUUCAACAAAAGUAUAUAAUGCCCAUUUUUAUAUGCACGUUUUUAAACUUCCAAGUUCUGAAAAUUGUUUACUGGUUAUUCUCUAUUUAAGGAAAAAAAUAAAAUGUUUUGGAUUUUCAUAUGUGUCUGAUAAGUGGUUGAGUAGUCAUUUUGCUCUGUUGUAUUGUGUGAUUGUUAGUAUAUGGUAUCACAUCCUCUAGCCAGCAUCCUUUGCCUUCCCUAUAGCACUUAGCUGGGCAUUACUUUAUUAAGACAUAUGUGCACUAAAAAAAUAAUAAUAAAAUUAAAAAAAUAGCAGCUUUCAGUGCUUCACAGUGAAGGGAAAAAAGCCUAGACAAACAUUUUGUCAGAACCUUGCUAUAAGCCAAGGUAUUACCAGUAAAUUGGUUGUAUAUACAAUAAAAUUGCACCCUUUUUUAAACAAAACAAACUUAAGCAAUAGUUUGGGCAGUUAGUUGUUUUUAGUGAGCAUGUUGUAGUCAUGGCUGCAAAGAGAAAGAAUUAAACUGCCCACUCAGAAGAUAUGUAAUUUGUAUGUUGUAUAGUUUUAUUGAUUACACUGAUUUAUUCUACCCUAUUUUAUAAUGCAGGACUUUUGUAAUGUUGUUUAAAUGAGGACAAAUUUCUGUCAAAUUAGCUUAGUGGAAUUUCUGAUUGUUCAUUAUAAAGGCAGCAUUCAUAGAAUUGCUUUUUUUUCCCUUUGGGAACUGGAUUUAAGUUAAAAACUUUCCUGUUUCCGUUUUGUAUGUAUUUAAAUACAGUUAUUUUUCUUCUCUCAAUGGUAUAGCAUAUUCCUAUGCUUGAGAAGUAUAGGCUACUGAAGAACCAUUGUAAAUGGACAGUACAGGUAUGCUGUAUUUUUGAAGGUAUUUUGUCGCAUUAAGUUUGAUGACGCUAAAGUUAGGGAAUUCUGAUCAGAAUUGCAGAAAAAAAUGUUUUAAAGGCUUUAAAACGUUAGGUACGCGGUUAAGGGUGUUAAUCAACAGUGGUUGUAAAGUAUUAAACACAUUAAAUUACAUUUUUGUUCACCUUAUUACCAUGCAGAAAACACAGCAGUUCAGUUCUGUUCAGGUACAGAGAACAAACAGUUUUUUAUUCCUCAAAGUAAAGCAAAAACUGGAGUUCUGAGCAAGACAGCUGCUCGGGGUGUGCAGCCUACAGUAAAGAAAACAUGCAAGAUUCAGGCGGACAGUGUUGGUCCCUAAUUCAGAAUCCGAUUACAUUUCCUUCCCCUUUUAAAUUGUUUUAUUAGUUUGUUAAAAAAUAAUGCAACCAACUUUUAUUCCCUCUCCACUCCAUCUCUGGAAAUUUUGUCAGACACAAAUACUGACCCAUACUCAACUCCUUCCUCCCCCACCCCAUUCCCAAAUUUAAAGGUUUAAAAAUCUCUUGUCAUGAAUUGCCUCCACGAGUUCAUUGCUCUCUUUUUGAACUAGGGUACUUGCUUUUGUUGUGCUGUGCACCCCAGCAAUGCCAUUCUUUAUUCCUCGUCCUUUAUCAUAAAACAUACGGGCUACAGUUAGGCAGCCAUGGCAUAUUUUGUCUCCGCUCUUUAUUCCCCCCUCAUCCCUCCUCUCUUGAGGUUGAAGGGUAAAGGAAACACAAACUUUCCUCAACUCCGCAGUAUUCAGUCAGCCCACAGGAAUAUGCAAAAUCUCUCUAACUUUGUUUUUCUUUCACUAUUUGUUUUUGUUCCAUAUAUUUUGCAGCUUCCUAGUAACAGUGUUAUAAAAUAUUUGCUGUACAAAAAAACUACAAAAAACCCCAGAUACAUAGCCUAAAAUAGUAUUUUUUUUUCCCCUUGUGGUGAUUUUUUUUAAAAGAAUGUCAGUUAAUAUUGUACUUUGCAUUGUGUCUCUGGAAAUAUCUUCUUCUUUUCUUUUUUUUUUUGGUUAAGAAGGCCUCCAUCGAACAAAAUUAAAAACACAACCGGCAUGAUAAUGUAAGGAGAGCUUCAAUGGCACCUAAAAACUGAACAAACAAAUCUCAUGAGAUCUGGUGGAGGAAGGUCUCAUGAAGUGAACGCUGCCUGCUAGGCAGGAUUUUCAUCAAAUCAGUCUUGCAAUGCCAAUUUUGUCUUGAAGUCAAUGCAUGUAUUACUGUUUGACAGUAAACCCGGCUAUGCCAUCAUCAAGUCCAAGGCUGUGCAAUAGUCUAAUUAGUAUCGAGUACAUUUUCCUUUUAUUUUUUCCAAUAAAAUAGCAGUGGGAUGAAAAUUGCUUUGAUAUAUAGCAGGUAACAUUGAAGCUAUUCCAUAGCACUUAACUGUAGUGAAUACUGUGUCACCAAUUCUGAAAUCAAUUUAAUGUUUAAUGCAAAUCCAUUACAUGGUGCUAUUACAGGCUGGCAAAAUGAUUUACAAAAAUGUGACAACUUGGGCUCAAUUCACUCUGCUUUCCAACAAUGUAAAUGCAUAGCAGUGUUUAUCUGCAUGAGAACUAUGCACUAAUCUAUCUGAAAAAAAAAAAGAAUAUAUCAACUUUGGUAUCUACUUUCCGUUUACUUAAAUCCUUGCCUUUUUGGUCAUUGUUAUAAUGCCAGCUUUAGGACAGAAAGAAGUAUAAGAAAACCAGCAUAAUACCUGAUAUAUUAAAAUGUAGUGCCUGUGAAAUCUGUAUUAUAUUGCUCUUCUGAAGUAAGAUUUUUUCUACACCGGUAGCCUUCGCUGUCUGUCAGAACCUUCUGAUAUAGGUGAUGUAAAAUAACCGUACAAUAUUAAUGCAUGCUAUUCCAUAAUGCUUAGUGAGCUGUAUGAAUAUUACUCAAAGUUAUGUUAGUCUUUUUUUCUGACUUGGUUCUUGUCAGAUAGGUUUAAAGAUGUUUCACUGAGAACGCAAAUUCUGUCUUUUCUUGAUUUGGGGUGUUUUCAGUAUUUUGGAGGUAUACAUUUACUUAAAUUCAGUAUUACUUGUGUUGUUUUUUUUUCUUUUUCCUAGAGGGCAGGCAUGGGUAUUGAGACCAGAAAUCCGUGCCUGGUAAGAUGUUUGUCUCAAAAGCUACCGUAAGAAUUCCAAGAGAACAUAUGUAUAAAGUUUAAAUUUAAAGGAUAGCUCUCAAACCCAUAACGGAAAGCGCUUUCUGAAUGGGCAGUGUUUAACCAGGUACCCAUGCUUGACCCUUUUUCACAUCAGACCUCCUCAUCUAAAAGGAAAAAUCCUUAAAAAAAAGAGAGAGAGAAAGAAAAAGAAAAA